AUGGCCAACGAAAAGGAGGUUCAACCUUCGGUGACCAGCCCUUCCAAGGGUAAGACUGUCACAGAGAAAAAUGCAGACGUUACGCUCCGGCUUCUCGAGCAACAUGGCGACAAGUUUGGGCCUCUUACUCCUGAAGCGGAGAAGAAGCUGCGGCGGAAGCUGUAUCUUCGCGUAAUGACGCUUUUGUCUGCUAUCAACAUCAUGCUGUUUGUCGACAAAUCCACUCUUGGCUACGCUGCAAUCUUGGGACUGUUCGAAGAGACUGGGAUCAAACAGGCGCAAUAUAAUAACUUGAACACAAUGUUUUACGUUGGGUACUUAGCUUUCCAAUGGCCUGGCCAUUACCUGAUGCAACGGCUACCGUUCGGAAAAUACGUUGCGGUGACAAUCACUGCUUGGUCCGUCAUCAUCUUUUUGCACUGCGUGGCAACCCGAUACGCUGGCCUUGUAGUAAUGCGGCUCGCACUUGGUGCUGCUGAAGCGGUCAUUGUGCCUGCCAUGGAGGUUACUAUCGGCAUGUUCUUCAACCGUCAUGAGCAGUCUUUUCUGCAACCGGUGCUCUGGAUCACCUGUCAAGCGGCACCUAUCGUUACAGGCUUUAUUUCAUAUGGCCUGCUGUGGAGCAGCGGCCCGGUGCUACCAUGGAAGCUUCUUCACAUCGUCAUGGGUGGUCUCACACUACUCCUGGCAGUGUGGGUUUGGAUCGACUAUCCCAGCAACCCGGCCGAGGCUCGCUUUCUCACUCUUGAGGAGAAAGUACAGGUUAUCCGCCGUGUUCACAAAGCCCAACAAAGCUCAAUCGAACAGAAGCAAUUCAAGAAGGAACAGUUUAUCGAAACGAUGAAGGAUCCUGUGUCCUGGCUCUUUGCACUCCAGUCUUUCACGCUCAUGUACGCGAAUAACCUCAAUUACGGCCAGAAGAAUCUCAUCACCACCUCAAUUGGUAUCAAGCCUCUUGGGUCUACUCUGGUGGCAGCAGCUGGUGGUGGUUUCGGAGUGGCUUGUUGCAUCGUUGCCACCUUCGCCUUGCGCAGGUGGCCUAAGAAUCUUGCCCUACAUGGAACGGUCUGGUGUUUGCCUGCAGUGGCUGGCGGGAUUGCCAUGACAACGGUCGACUGGAACCAGAAGAUUGGCCUGCUUGGAUGCUUGAUCCUCGCGUCCUCCACGUAUGGCGUGACGUAUAUCAUCGCACUAGGGUGGACCACGUCUACCGCAGCCGGAUAUACAAAGAAGCUGACCCGCAAUGUCAUGUUCAUGCUGGGCUAUAGCGUGGGAAACUUGGUUUCCCCUCAGAUAUGGAUUCCAAGCAACGGGCCAAGAUUUUACGGAGCGUGGGUGUCUAUGAUUGUGGUUAGCUGGAUUGGAACACCGGUUAUCCUGUGGAUCAUCCGCUUCAUCCUGGCCCGAAGGAAUGCGGAGAGAAGGGAAUACAUUGCCUCUUUGAGUGAUGAUGAACGAGAGGGAUACGUAGAGCAUGUGGACGAGAAUGGGGAGGUUGUCCGAGUUAAAGUGGACAUGGCCGUUUUGGACUUGACUGAUCUGCAGAACAAGCAGUUCCUAUACCCCAUCUAA